UCUCAGAAAAUAGAAAAACUUUAUUAAAACACUUUUUAGGGGAGAACGAGUUUGACGCAACAGCAAAUUAUGUAUCAGACAGAUUCCAUUCUGUUGUAGCACAAAACAUGACUGAGGUGAAGACUGUAUAUACCCAUUACACAAAUGCAACCGAUACAAGGAACAUAGACAGGGUAUUCGAAUCCUGCGUCGACGUUGUUUUCCGAGUCAGUAUGGAGAAGGUUGGACUAAAAUGAAAAAAUUUUUCUAAAAUAGCUGAUAAAUUGAUA